UUGAGCCGUCAGUCAUCUCUCAUUCUCGACUCCAAAGACUCGGCGCUCCUCUUACUGGGCUCCGACCAGGCUGCCAUCUGCACCAUUCCCGGUUUCUCUGCACAUCUCAUCUCCGCCUCGCUUGCCGCUUCCCCCCGCCCCGAUCCUGUCUAUCAAACAAGGACUAAUUCAAAGUCUGACAAUGGCACCCACCAGGAAAUCUCAGCAACGUUCGUCGGCCGGAAUUUAGCAUCUCUGUACCUGAUUUCUUCCUUCAAGGCUUGCUGGGUAUAUCAGGCCAUCCCAUGUGGAUUCAGCAUGGUGUACUGCGGUAAGCCGUCCAAGGGCUGCUCCAACUGUCGAGAGCGUAAGGUUAGGUGCGAUCAGAGAGAACCUGGUUGCGGCCAAUGCGAGAAACGUCAGCAAGAAUGCCCUGGGUACCGCAACCUCGUCGAUCUCAUGUUCCGGGAUGAAAGCUCCCACGUCAUCAAGAAAGCUGCCAAAACAAGGGCACGGGGACGCGCGAAGAAUGCAAUGGCCUCGAGCUCCACGGUCGACGCACCGGAACCCGGCGUUGACGCACCGUCUACUACCGGCCCCGAUAGCCCCGAUCCGCCUCCCGGGACGACAACCAGAGCGAGCACUAGGCGUCAAAUCCCGCCUAAUGCUUUGACCGUGCCUGCUCAUCCCACGAACAACGAUUGCGAAGACGAUGACGACGAUGACGAGGGUCUGCUGCCGUCGCCCGAGGAAGGGAAUUGGCCUUCGACACCGCAAGCCACGUUGUUGUACUCGCUAGCACCGUCCUAUCAGGAACGUGGCACGGCAUUCUUCUUCUCACGUUACGUUUCUGCCGACGAGAACGCCUGCUACCAAAAUUACGACUUCAUCUUCGACAUCUGGCGUCCUGCCAGUAUGCACGCCAGUCGAAAAGUCGACAGUGUCAUGGCGAGCAUGACUGCCGUUGGGUUGGCUGGUCUCUCUGACCUUACCAAGUGUCCUCGAACGAUGGACUGGGCACGCCGCAGCUACGGCACCGCUCUUCACCUGGCGAACGACGCAUUGCGGGACCCCUCCGAGGCGGUUAAGGACACGACCAUGCUGUCCGUCCUCAUUCUGAACACAUAUGAGAUGCUCACCGGCCGGAGCCCCCAGACGGUACGCGCAUGGCAGGAGCACAUCAAUGGCGCGGCUGCUCUGGCGAAAAUACGCGGUCUCAAGCAGUUCCAGUCGCCCGCUGGCGUGCGCAUGUUUUUGAUGUUGACACACAUUGCCCUCACCAGCUGUAUUCAGCGGAGCUUGCCUAUGCCUCAAUCUCUCGUUGACCUUCGGAACCAGCUAGGAAUGCUUUCGCCAGCAGGUGACCCGGGCUGGAAAAUGUCGGGCCCGAUUUAUAAGGUCAUGCAACUCAGGCAUGAUAUCAGGAUCGGCAAAUUGAGGCAAACGGACGCCAUCAUUGACCAGCUUUCAAAAGUCGACUUGGAAUUCGUUAACAUCAUCGCCCACCUACCGGAAACCUGGCAAUUUCGACAGGUGAGCCUUUCACAGUCCCAUCCGGCUGUGUUCGAUGGUUACCACUGCCAUGUGUAUCCCGCGCUGUCGCUUGCGGCAACAUGGAACGGUAUCCGAUCUCUCAGAAUAUUGAUACACGAGACCAUAAUCGGAGAACUAUUUCGAUGCCAUCAUGAACAGCACAUCUUGUCUUGGCCGUACGAGGCUAAGUUGCAGCUUACCAAGUCUGUUGACCUGCUUGAAAGACUCCGUGAUGCUAUUUUAGCGAGCGUCCCCCAACAUUUCGGUGUUGUCAGCUUCAGGGCACUAAUCGAGAACCGUGACUUGCCCGUCGGUAUAGUCAAAGCAAGAAGGCCGCCGUCUCGAGUGGUACCAUCGCCGGCGACAUCUACGUCAUCUUCGCCUGGUUCGUCUGUCGAUUCUCCCGGUCCAGCUCCCUUUAACGGGCCUACUCUGCAUGACCCGACCCAAGCCGAGGGUCUCAACGACAGCGCCGAGCGUUUUAUGAUACUUGCAUCAGCCAGUAACACCAUUGUCUGGCCAUUGUAUCUUUUGGGCGUGUCAUCUUCGUGCACAACAGAGGUCAGAGAGUAUGUCGUUGAUCGUUUACGGGCGAUUCUUAGGGAGACAAGCCUGCAACAGGCUGGCGGGGUGGCACAAAUGGUCCGAAGCAAGGAGGUCUCCAUCCCUUGGGCUGACUUGCCAUGGCAUCAGAUGCCGCAGAUACCAACGACAGCCGAGAUGCUGGUGUAA